GGAGAGACUGGUGAGACUGGCCAGGUGGCUUUUUCUGUCUAGGAAAGAUGAGUAGGAGUUGACAGAUGGAAAGUGGAAAGAAGAGCCUUCCGAGUGGAAGGAACAGCACCUGCAAAUAUGUAAAGGGCGCCAUGUUUUGGAAGUUUGACCUGCACACAAGCUCGCACCUGGAUACACUGCUGGAGCGGGAGGACCUGAGCCUGUCAGAGCUGCUGGAUGAGGAGGACGUGUUGCAGGAGUGCAAGGUUGUCAACCGCAAGCUACUGGACUUCUUGCUGCAGCCACCACACCUGCAGGCCAUGGUGUCCUGGGUCACCCAGGAGCCACCAGCCAGUGGUGAGGAGCGGCUGCGCUACAAGUACCCCAGUGUGGCCUGCGAGAUUCUGACCUCGGAUGUGCCCCAGAUCAACGAUGCCCUGGGUGCAGAUGAGUCCCUCCUGAGCCGGCUCUAUGGCUUCCUGCAGAGCAGUGACAGCCUUAACCCGCUGCUCGCUAGCUUUUUUAGCAAGGUCAUGGGCAUCCUCAUCAACCGCAAGACAGACCAGCUCGUGUCCUUCCUACGCAAGAAGGAUGACUUCGUGGACCUGCUAUUGCGGCACAUUGGCACCUCGGCCAUCAUGGACCUCCUCUUGCGCCUGCUUACCUGUGUGGAGCGGCCCCAGCUGCGGCAGGAUGUCUUCAAUUGGCUCAAUGAGGAGAAGAUUGUCCAGCGGCUGAUCGAGCAGAUCCACCCAUCCAAGGAUGACAAUGUGAGUGCCCUGGUGUUCUUCAGGCCUCUUACAUCAGGUCCUGCCCCUCCCUGCUGCAGGUCGGAUGCUGUGACCAUGAACAACUUCUUCAGCAGCGUGGAUGGCCAGCUAGAGCUCCUGGCCCAGGGUGCCCUGGACAGCAUGGCAUCCAGCAUGGGUGCCUUGCACGCCCUGCGCCCGCGACUCAGCUGCUUCCACCAGCUCCUGCUUGAGCCUCCCGAGCUGGAGCCACUGCGGAUGACAUGGGGAAGCCUGGCCCCACCAUUGGGCAACACACGUUUGCACGUAGUCAAGCUCCUGGCCAGUGCCCUGAGUGCCAAUGAUGCUGCCCUGACACAGGAGCUCCUGCUACUGGACGUGCCUAACACCAUGCUGGACCUCUUCUUCCAUUAUGUCUUCAACAACUUCCUGCAUGCUCAAGUGGAGGUGUGUGUGAGCGCCAUGCUGAGCUCAGGGGCCCCUCCUGACAGCAGCUCUGAGACACCUGCUCCAAACCCUGUGGUGAAACAUCUGCUGCAACACUGCCGCCUGGUGGAGCGCAUCCUGACCUCCUGGGAGGAGAACGACCGUGUACAGUCUGGGGGGGGCCCAAGGAAAGGCUACAUGGGCCACCUGACACGGGUGGCCAACGCACUGGUGCAGAAUGCAGAGCAGGGGCCCAAUGCCGAGCAGCUGGGGCAGCUGCUGAAGGAACUGCCAGGUGAACAGCGGGAGCGGUGGGAGGCAUUUGUGUCAGGACCUCUGGCGGAGACCAACAAGAGGAACACUGUGGACCUGGUGAACACCCACCAUCUGCACUCCUCCAGUGACGACGAGGAUGACCGGCUCAAGGAGUUCAACUUCCCCGAGGAGGCUGUGCUGCAGCAGGCCUUCAUGGACUUCCAGAUGCAGCGCAUGACCUCGGCCUUCAUCGACCACUUUGGCUUCAAUGAUGAGGAAUUUGGGGAGCAGGAGGAGAGUGUGAACGCGCCUUUUGACAAGACAGCCAACAUCACCUUCUCCCUCCAUGCGGAUGAUGAGAACCCCAAUGCCAACCUGCUCGAGAUAUGCUAUAAGGACCGCAUCCAGCAGUUUGAUGAUGAUGAGGAGGAGGAAGAGGAUGAGGACGAGGGCCCGGGUUCUGGGGAGUCGGAUGGAGAGUAUGGUGCUUGGCAGGGCAGCCAGCUUGUGAGGACAGCCCGCUUGGGCCAACCCCCUGGAGUCCGGAGUGGAGGCAGCACAGACAGUGAGGACGAGGAGGAAGAGGAGGAAGAGGAGGAGGAGGCUGAUGGCAGGGCAGCACAUGUUCGGGUUGACCCCACUUCCUACCCCACAGCUGGCUCUCUGCCUCCUGGACCGAGCUGGACCGCCACCUUUGACCCAGUGCCUAUUGAUGCCCCAAUGGACCCCCAAGUCUCUGGGGAGGAGGAGCUACACUCUGGGCCUGCAGCACCUGCAGGGCCCCUUGACAUGCCGCCCACCCAGAGCCUGACCAGUCCUUCAGCCCUCAGUGCCCUGCAGCUCAGGUCUCAGGACCCCACGCCCACCUCAGCACCUCAGGAAGUCACAGAUGAUAGCAAAGUGACAGAGUCCUCUGCCCCUUGCCAGGCCUUGGUUAGCAUCGAGGGCCUCCAGGCCACCCUGCAUGGGAUGCACGCCACCCCCAGCAACUUGGACAGUGCCACCAGAGACCCCUCUACCUCCAUCCCGGCCUCCGGGGCCCACCAGCCCCCCAAGACCACGGAGUGGGAGAAGAGCCCAGGGCCCGUGGAGCUCCCCCCAGGCCAGAGUGCCCAGGCCCUUGAGCCUCCUCCAGUGCCCAACGGCUCUGCCCCUGGAGGGCCCAUCUCCCCGGGCUCCCAGUGA